CACUCUCUGCCCGCUGUUGCGCAUGCUCAGACUGGCGCAGAGAGCCAUGGCGGUGGACUGGCUGGGCUUUGGUUACGCAGCCUUGGUGGCGUCGGGCGGGCUGCUGGGCUAUGUCAGGGCCGGUAGCGUGCCUUCCUUAGCAGCUGGCCUGCUGUUUGGGAGCGCAGCAGGGUUUGGUGCCUAUCAGAUCACUCAAAACCCCAAAAACAUAUGGCUGUCUCUGAUUGUUUCGGGGGCACUGACUGGAAUAAUGGGAAUGAGAUUCUACAAUUCAAGAAAAUUCAUGCCGGCUGGUUUAGUCGCAGGAGUAAGCAUUCUAAUGGUUGGAAGACUUGGACUAAAAAUGUUGGAAAAACCCCAUGAAUCAUGAACCUUAACCUUUUUAACCAUGGAGUUUUAUAUAAAAAGUGCCUGGAAUCACAGGUAGCUUCUGAUCUUUAUCAUGCAUUCCUAUAAGAUGAAAGUACACUGAACUGAAGUUGAACCUGUAAGAGAUGUAACUCGCUCUAAUAAAUCACCUGAUUCAAAA